CGAUCAGCAGUCAUGAAUCUCACUGACUGUCAGUACCGUUUUAAAAUGAUCAUGAUAGGUUACAAUAAUGUGGGAAAGUCAUGUAUGCUGAGGCGCUACACAGAGGGCCUGUAUCCAGAGAGAAUCAAUUGUACUAUUGGAGUGGACUUCUGCAGUCACAUCCUAGAAGUGGAGCCUGAGGUGAGAGUGAAUCUACAGAUUUUCGAUACAGCCGGUCAUAAAUUGUUUUGGCCUGCUAUCUGCCGUUUCAUCCCUCAAUCGGUCGGAUGCCUGCUGGUGUUUGACCUGGGUGAUCGGGAGUCUUUCGACUACAUUAAGCAUCGGCACAAGGUGGUGUGCAAUAUUGCGCAGCCGUACACUGUGCUCUUCAUGCUUGUGGGACACAAGUGCGACAUAAAAGAGCAGGAGGUGAAUCAAUACGAGGUGGAAGAGUUUGCAAGUGAAUUGGGAGCGCCGUACAUCGAAGCCUCUGCCAUAACAGGCCACAAUGUGGCAGAAGCUUUUGAACUGUUGACCCGGCGUAUUUAUCAGGGUUAUCUGAGUGGAGAGGUGCGGUUGCAUGAGAGCUGGGGCAAGAUCCAUAAAAAUAAGGCAGCGGAAAACAACAAAUGAAGU